CACUUUGAACUGUUCGUCCAACUGAAGAACAUCUAAGCAAAAAUCAACUUCAAUUCUACUUACAUUCUACAGUUGUUACUGACUUAGAGGUAAGGCUUAGGGGUAGCAGUACUUGACACCUGCUAUAUUUCUAACUGCAAUUACAUAAUUGCACCUUUCUUUUAAUUAAUUUAAUGCUUAUAGCAACUAACUAUGAGGUUGGAGAGUUACUAUCUAGAAGCAUAUUGGCCUAACCAGCUUCUUUACUUUCUGUAUCCUCAACUUUUUCCUUCAACAUGAAAUAUAGCGUAAAGUUAAUGUGAUAUCUAGAGAUAUUUCAGUUUUUAAUUUACAACACUAACAAGAUGGCUGACAUGCCAUUACGCAAGUUAACAGUGUAUGCUUGUAGCUAGACAGCUAAUAUUUAACAUUAUCGUCAUUAUUGUUAAAUACUGAACAUUUGCACAAUACCAAAAUCUAGUUGUUUUUUUUUAAAACCAUUUUCAUCAGUCAUUAACUAGGUCACUUUUUGCAGCCAAUGACUGGCCGUGCACGUGGACGCGCUCGUGGACGAGCACGUGGACAAGCAGAUAGAGAUGCCGUUCCUCAUCCAAGCCAAGAGAGCACAAGUGGGGAAGCAGCCUCAAUGGGACGAGCAACUGUUCGAGGAGGAGCGGGACUUCCUGUUCGAACUAUUGAGAUUGAAGAGCGAAUGCGGAAGACGAACAUAUCUGAGGAUCCAAGAAGAGCCGAUCCUUAUGAGGUUGCCAUAUUUAGGAAACCGGGUGCUGAUAAAACCGGGAUAUCUGGAAGAACUGUAAACCUUCGGGCCAAUUUUUUUAGAUUCACUUUUCCAUCAAAUUGGGUAUGUCAAUACUCGGUGGAAUUCAAACCUGAAAUGGACUCAAAGAAACUUAGAAAGGCCUUGCUAUUUCAACAUCAAGAUAUCAUUGGUAAAACUUCAGCUUUCGAUGGUGCUAUCCUUUUUAUGACAAAAAAAUUACCUCAAAAUCCAACUAUUUUGAGAUCAAAAACGAAACGGGAUGAAGAAGUAACCAUGAAAGUAACCCUUCGUAAAGAAAUUCCUCCAAAUCAUCCAACAGCUCUGCAAUUGAUGAACCUAAUUCAACGUAAAAUGCUAUCGGCUAUGAACAUGAAAGAAGUUGGUCGUCACUUUUAUCAACCAAAUGACCCCAUUAUGGUGAACCAGCACAAAAUGGAGUUAUGGCCAGGUUAUAUAACUAGUAUAAUGCCUUAUGAAAGAGAUGUUCUACUAUGCGCUGAGGUAUCCCAUAAGAUGAUGAGAAUUGAUACGGUGUUGGAUAUUUUAUACGACUUGUACGAAAAAAACCCAAAAAACUUCUACGAUAUAGCGGCUCGAGAAAUUAUUGGUCAAAUCGUUUUAACACGUUAUAAUAAUAAAACUUAUAGAAUAGACGAUAUUGAAUGGAAGGAAAAUCCUUCUCAUACCUUCGAAUGUAGGGGAAAGAAGAUAUCAUUUAAAGAAUAUUUCCAGACUCAAUAUAAUUUAGAAAUAACUGAUAUGAAACAACCCCUUUUAGUUUCUAAUCCGAAACGAAAAGACAUACGACGAGGAUUAACUGAACCAAUACGUCUCCUUCCCGAACUUUGCACACUAACUGGAUUAUCUGAUCAGAUGCGAACUGAUUUUCGUGUUAUGAAAGAUUUAGCAAUUCACACAAGACAAUCACCUGACCAAAGAGUUGACAAGUUAAGAAAUUUAAUCAAGAAAAUUCAUACCACUCCAAGCGUUCAAGAAGAAUUAAAGAGCUGGAACUUAAAUAUUGAAAAAGAUCUCAUAAAACUGACUGGAAGAGAGCUUCUGUCGGAAAAGAUUAAAGUAAAUUUGCACCAAGAAUUUACGGUAAACCCCAGAACUGCUGACUGGGCCAGGGAUAUGCAAGAUAAAAAGAUAAUGCAACCUGUGCAGAUUCAAAAUUGGUUGUUAAUUUGCACAGCCAGAGACACUAGCUAUGCUCGCAGCUAUGUGGAUAAAUUGAAGCAUGUAGCUAAGCAGAUUGGUAUGAACUUUGGAACACCAACCGUAAUUCAACUGACCAACGAUUCAACUGCAACCUACAUGGAACAUUUGCGUCGACAUGUUACUAACACAACUCAGUUAGUCAAUGUUAUUGCAACGAACAAUCGUAAGGAACGAUAUGACUCGAUCAAAAAAUUUUGUUAUUUAGAAGCAGGGAUACCAAGCCAAGUCGUCAUGACCAAGACCAUAAGCAAACCCGACAAACUAAUGUCUGUUGCCACCAAAAUCGCCAUCCAAAUCAAUUGCAAGCUAGGGGGGAGUGUCUGGUCUUGUGAUAUCCCAGUUCGCAACAUGAUGGUGGUUGGGAUUGAUUCGUACCAUGACUCUUCUAAAAAGGGUCGAUCCAUUGGGGCAUUUGUCGCCUCGUACGAUAAACUAUUUACUAAGUACUUUUCUAAAGUACUCUUUCAAUCCAACCACCAAGAACUGUUGAGCGGUAUCACCCAGUGCUUUGUGUCCGCACUUAGACACUAUAGCCGUGUACCGAGGGAUCCUAAAGACCAGAACCUCCCCGAUAGAAUCAUGAUUUACCGUGAUGGCGUUGGUGAUGGACAGCUAAAAACUGUCUUUGAACAAGAAGUUCCGCAACUUCUUGAAGCUGCAAAACGUAUUGACGAAACAUACGUUCCGAAGAUUACUUAUAUUGUUGUGAAAAAGAGAAUCAAUGCUAGAUUCUUCCUCGACUCUGGAACUAUGAGAAAUCCAGCUCCAGGAACAGUUAUCGAUCAAACCGUAACAAAACAAGAGUGGUAUGACUUUUUCGUUGUCUCUCAGAGUGUGAAUCAGGGAACUGUAACUCCAACUCAUUAUAAUGUCAUUUAUGACACUUCGCACCUUAAGCCUGAUCAUAUUCAUCGGCUAACGUAUAAACUCUGUCAUCUCUAUUACAACUGGCAAGGAACUAUUCGAGUUCCCGCUCCUGUGCAAUACGCUCAUCGACUCGCUUAUUUGGUUGGUCAAAGUAUGCAUGCCGAGCCAUCAUCUAAUUUGGCUGACAAACUUUACUAUUUCCCAAUCAACGAAAUGCCGCCUAAAAAGAGUGCCAGUUCACCAAAGAAAUCGAGAAGCAGAAGUCGUUCGCGAUCUCGUUCAAGAGGAAGAUCUCCAGGAAGACCUAAAAAGCCUAAGCAAGAAAAGAAACCGGCUAAUGAAGAGAAAGAAGAAAAAUCGGAGAAGCCAGCUCCUAGAACCGGAAGAAAACGUUCAGUUAAAAGAACUGUUAUGUCUGGUUCACCCCCAAAAGAAACGGUCAAAGAAGUUGAAAAAAAAGAAACUGAAUUAUCUCCCGAAAUUACAACGAGAAGGCGAAAGGCUACCAAGGAAGAUUUGAACGUGGAAACACAAAGAAGUUUGAGAGGAAGAAAACAGAAAAUAGAGGAGAAAAAACCUGUGGAGAAAGUAGUGGAGGAUGAUUCAUUUUUUCUAGAUUGGCUGAAAGGACUAUUGAGUCUAUUUUUGAUAACCUUCUUCAUUGUGGUCACAUUUGCAAUGUAUAAAUCUUCUAAAAACUUUUCAUUUCGACAAAUUUCAACUAAGUUAUCGAGGUACAAUUGGACGAAAGAUUGCAGUUUUGUACCUCUUAGAUACUUCUUUUCUUUCAUUGUGGCUAAUUUAUUUUUCUACUUUCUUCCAAUUGGAGAGAAAUACGCUUUUGAGGUUGCUGGGAAAAUGAGAGAAUUCAGAUUAAAUCAAAUGUUACAUCUACUGUUGAAUGUUUGCUUCGUUUUCAUUGCUGCGGCAUUGAAGAUACCAAUCACAAAGCUCAUAGAAAGACCGGAAGAUUUCAUGAUCACAGGAUUUGGACUGUCCAUUGCUCUUGGCAUUAUAACGUAUGCUACUACGUUAAAUUUGAAAGGGAGAAGUAUACUAUUAGAUUUUAUCAAUGGAAAGAAAAUCAUGCCUGAAUGCUUGGGCAUUAAUUGGACAGUUUGGAUUCUAACCAGAAUCAAUUUUUGUCUUACGACGACCUUGUUAGUAUUGUAUCCGUUGGAAAACUACAAAAGAGAUAAAUUCAACCUUACUCUAUUGAUACAAGUUCUUAUGCACAUUGGCUAUAUCUUUCAGUUCAGUUUGACGGAAAAAUCGUUACUUCAUUAUCCUGAUGUUAAAAGUCAGCCUUUUGGUUUCUUUAAGUGUUUUGCCGCCCUCUUCUUUUACCCUUUUGCAUUUACUUACUCGUCUUAUUACAUUUGGAAAUAUGAUAUCGUCCUAAAGCAGGAAUUUCUCGCCGUAAUCUUUUUACCUUACAUAAUUGGAAUCUAUAUUACCUUCUCGUCAAAUCUGACAAAACAAAGAUUCAGGGAAGAUCCCUAUCAUCCGAACGUUGCUCACCUCGAUCAAAUUAAAACCGAAAGCGGUUACAAUAUCAUAUCAUCAGGAUUGUGGGGAUUUGUUUGUUAUCCCGAGUAUUUCGGUGAUAUUUUAUCGGUUUUUGCCAUAUGCGCUCCAUGUGGUCUAACCAACCCAUUACCUUGGUUCUAUGCUGGAUUCAACCUGAUAACUCAUGUGCUUAAAGCAUACGAAGAGGACGCUCAAAGUGCCACUGUCCAUGGUUUUGCAUGGCAAAAAUAUCGGGAAAGAGUACGCAGUCGUCUCAUACCGUUUAUCUAUUAA